CAAUGAGCCACGGAAGCUCAGUUGUUGUUUAGUACAAAUGCCUGGUUGAAAAGGAGACAUGAGACUCUGCUUCCCAUGGCACCUGUCCAAUUUAUUAGCUCAUGAAAGUGGGACAAGCCUGACUAUCAACCAAACCAGCAGGGAGUUGUCCGUAAGCAUUUUAGCUAGGAUGAUCUACACUCUGUGCAUUUAUGCCGUAUCAGCCGCUGUGUUCAUAGUGUACAUGCGUAUAUUGUUCUAUUUUACAAUACUACACGAGUUCCCGAGGCAGACAGGGAAUUCAAGUUUACUGAAAAUGAAUCCGGGACUUUCUGUUGUCCCUAAUCCAAGUGUGUUUACGAGUCUGGUUCACAUACGCACGUCCGACCCGGUGUCGAACUCGUUUAUGGUGGAUGAAAUGGCAGCCUUUUUAUCCCAUUACCAAAUGCAUAUCGCGCAGGGCAAGUUUGCCACUUGCGAGGACACGCCAGGUUUCUUGGACACCAGAAGAUCUUGCCGCUUCAACCUGGAUGCAAGUGGGCCGUGCAACCUUAAAAGUGGAUUCGGUUAUUUUAGAGGACGACCUUGCUUCGCCAUCAAAUUGAACCGUAUCUACGGAUGGCUUCCGGACCCCGUGGGUAACAUCUCUGGAGUGAGAUUACGUUGUGAAGGAAUGACUCAAGCUGAUGAGGUGUACUUGGGUCGCGUGUGCUACUACGACAUGGACUCGUUAAAACGGCACAAGCCGAAUAGUAUGGAUGCCGAUUGGUGCGACCGCGAAUAUGGCGUCUUUGAUUCAAUGUUUUACCCAUUUUUGAAUCAAGCAAAUUAUCAAGCACCGAUCGUUUUCGUGCAAUUCAUAUCGCCGAAGAGGUACGUCAUCAUAUGGAUUAAAUGUUAUGCAGUAGCAAAAAACAUUCACGUGAAUGUGGAACAGAAUGAAGGAUCGGUGGUGUUCCAGAUGCUAUUAGACUAGUGGAAAUAACUGGCUGGUCUAGUCAAAUUCCAAAGUAUACCAUUGUAAA